CCAGGUCAUCGUGCCCUCCACCGAGUGCGAGAGCAGGGCCUGCCGCAUGCACAGCCGCUACAACUUCAGCGCGUCCGCCGAUUCAUACAAGGUGCAGAUGGACGGGCGGCGCGUCAGGGCGCCGCAGCACCGGAGACGGUCACCAUCCAGUUCGGAGCCGGGAAGGUGACCGGGGAGAUGGUCAGAGACUUGGUCUGCCUCGGGGGCCAGCAGGGCGCCGCGGGCGAGACGUGCGUGGGUGUGAACGCCGUGGCCGCGACCAAGCUGUCCCCGCAACCCGUUCGGCGUGUUCCCGUUCGACGGGAUCGUGGGCCUGGGGCUUCCGAUGCUCUCCCUCACCAGAGAGUUCAACCUGAUCUCUGCUCUCCAUGAAAGCGGGGAGAUCUGCAGGCGGCAGUUCGCCUUCUACGUCGCGGAGGGCGGCGAGGGCAGCGAGGCCGCCCUAGGAGGCGUGAACCCGGACCACCUGGACUCCCCCAUGCGCUGGGUCCGCGUCGUGGCCCCGGAGAAGGGCCACUGGCAGGUCGAGAUCCUCGGCUUCCACGUCGGCAACACGACUCUGGAGCUCUGCCGGCACGGCGGCUGCAGAGGCGUCCUGGACACUGGGACGUCCCACAUUGCCGUCCCCGCGCCCCACCAGGAGCGCUCCUUUUCCUGCUGUGGCAGCGUCACGGCGGACUGA